AUGGUGAAGAAUCAUUACGAGAUAAUUGGUCUAAAAAACCCUGAAAGCAGCCCUUUAAUUUUGAUGGUUCAUGGCGCUGGCGGUGAUUUGCAUCACUAUAAAACUGUCACUUCAACACUUGUUGAGCAAGGUUAUCGUGUCUUAUUGAUCGACGUACGCUAUCAUGGUUUGUCUCAGCCCAAAGAGGAUGAUACAAAAGACCCAGGAAAGACUUCCUGGACAUUUGACGAUGUUUUACAAGAUGUUGACACUAUGCUGACAGACAUCAAGGAAAAGCAUUACCAAGGUGUUGAUCAAAUUCAACUAUUCAUAGCAGGCCUUUCUAUGGGAGGUAUGAUUGCAUUACUAUAUGCUGAAAAGGAGAGCAAGCGCAAGAGAGAGGAUGGCAUUCAUCUGGCUGGCAUUAUUCCAAUCGCAUCGGGCAUCCCUCAUCUAGAAAUUCCUCGAUUGGGUUGGGAUUUGUACGCUGAAAGAAGAGCUACUUUAGAAGACCUGACAUGGACAAGGUCAGCUAUUAUUCAAUCAUCGAUUACUCCUUACGGUCAAGAUCAAACGAGACGAGCUAUGGAGCUUAUAUCAAAUCAUGCAUUGUAUGAAUGCCUGGUUGCUAUAGCGACCAUGCUUCCCAAUCCUUCAAACCCUCCUGUUUCUUAUACCGUGAGAUCAAAGUUACCGACGUUGUUGUUGAUCCCGGAGCAAGAUGUUCUAACCAAACCUGAAAUGGAAUUAUUGUAUCAGCUAUGUGUGGAGCAAGGUGUUAAUGCUGAACGUGCUUAUAUUCAGAAUGCUGGACAUAUGGUUAUCUUAGAUCAAGGAGAGCAAGUGGGUAAGCACAUUUCAGCAUUUUGUAAACGCAUCAUCCAUGAAUAA